UUUAUAUUUGCAGCGUGAGGAGCGGAGAAUCAAGCAAGAAGAAAAGUUUGAGUCAGCUGCGAACUUAAUGGCCUUAUGGAAGGAAACGGAUAAAACUGUUGAGCAGAACCUUCUCAGUGAGAGGGACAGACAGCGGCAGAUAGCCAGAGACAGGAUUGAGGCCCUGAAGAAGCAGCGAGCUGACAAGAACAAAGGCAAAACACCAGCCACUGAUGACGAACCAGGCGUAUCCUCUGAUAUCACUAAUGAGACUGUGUUCCUCCAGGACAGUAUUCUUGCAGGCAUGGAGAAGCAUCAAGGAGAUGAACGGGACAUGUUGAUGACUUUGGUGUCAAAGUAUGAACACAACAAGGACAAGGGAAAGCAAUUUGCUAAAAUGUCAGAUGAGGAUGUGAAACUCCAGCUCCUAAAGCUUGAGCAGAACUAUGCUGAGUGGGAGAAGAAAGUCUCCAAAAGCAUUGCAGACGUCAAUCUAUCAAACCUGCCUCCUAAAAAGAAACUGAAAAUCCAAAUGGAAUCCCAGAAGAGGCAGAAAGAACAAGCUGCCAUUUUGGAGCAGGCCUUGUCUCACAAGUUUGAAUUGGAGCUGAGACAGCUGAAGGUUCAACACCCAGACAUCUCCCAGUCUGAGGCUCACAACGAGCUGUCUAUUUGUGCACUCGCUGACCUUCAGGAGAAACAGAUGCGUCAGGUUGAGUCCACACAAGACUCCAUCAAGAAUCAGGCUGAAGACCAGUUGAAAGAAAUGCGCAAAAUGCAGAGAGCUGUGAACAGUGAGGGCUGGUACAAAACCUUAGCCUCGACUUUGUUCUCUGUGUCUCUAAUGAUGGGAGAACUUCACACCGAGGAAGACAUGGAGAAGAAACUCAUGGAGGAAUUUGAGCAGCAAAAGAAAGAACUGCUGGAGAGAGGAGGUUUCACCCGAAAAGCAGGUCAGAGAGAGGCUAUCGAUGUUGAUGCCAUGCUCAAAGAACUGGAAGAUCAGUACAACUCCAGGAAACAGGCACUCAGCUCUGAUCUACAGAGACAGCGAGAGAUGUUCAAGCAGAGAUUGGCUCUGAAGAAACAGUCCAACGAGGACAAAGAAUGGAAUGCCGCAGCCAUGGUUGGCCAGAUUGUUGCAGCCACGCAGGCCAAUGAUUCUGCUGCCAAACUGGCAAGAGAAGGGCAGAGAGGAAAGCAAGACAACUUGCUACAGCAAAAACUACAGGCCCGGCGAGAAGCCCGACGUCAAGCGGCGGAGGAAGCAGCGGACACUCUGGACAGCCCCAUGUCUCGGGAGUCGUCCUUGAUGGGACAGGCCAGUGACAGGAGUCGCUCCCCUAGACAGACACCAACAUUUUCCCUGACCCGUGAGAAGACGGUGGUGGACGUGAGGGUCAGUGACGAGCAGAAACAGGAGAUGUACGACCAGGUGGUCCAACAAGGCCUCAAGAGACAGCAGCAGAUCUUUGCAGAGCAGUCUCGACAGGAGGAACUGCUUAAACGGAAAUUGGAGCUCAGAAGCAGCAAACGUGAGAAUGAAGCCGCAGCUCUCUACAGUUUGGGUGAGAGGCAAAAGACAGUACUUCAGCAAUCCCAGAGGGAUGAGAGAGAGAGACAGCUUGCUCAGAUGAAAGAGAGAGUUUCAAAGAUGAGAGAAAGCCGGUCCAAAUCUCCUCGCGGAGGAUCAAUGAAACACAUGUGAUCCAUCUCCAAGGGUUGUUACUGCCUCAACAAGAUACUUAAAAUGUAUUACUAACACUCAUUACUUGUGUAUUUUCUUGUUUCUAUUCAAACAAGCUUACAUAAUUUGUCCCAAUUUGGUAAUAGAAAAAAAUAAGUGUUCCGUGUGAAAGUCUUUUUUAAGUUGAAAUUAGAAUCUAGUUUAUUGAAUAAUAAAAGUGUACAAGUUAUGAGACAAAUCUGUAUGUGUAGUAAACUUUGACCAAAUCAGCAUUUAAAAAUAAAUCAAAAUAUUACCCAGUUUUUUUCUUUCACUCAGUUGACAUAUAUCGUUCUCCUGUUAUCUGUAUUGACAAAAUGGAACAUCUAGGUAUAAGAUUUUAGGAUUUAUUUGUGAGGCCACUUUUGUUUUAAAUCUUAUAGGUUUUCAGCUACAAGUAUGUGACCUGAGUUGUGCAGACACUAUUUACAUAGUGAUACAGAUGAUCAUCAUAUAAAUUUUUAUUUUAGUUCUUAUCCUAUUUAAAAUGGGAUAUCAGUUCAUGGCCUUUUCGGCAUACUCUUAUCUGUGCCUCAGGACUAGUAGCUUCAGCUUUACCUGCCUAUAGCUCCUUCGUGACAGCUCUCGUAGAUGGUACCUUGGCCACCAUGAGCCAAGAUGAUGUUGUCUUGUACAAUGUAUGUCCUAAAAUCAACCAAUUUUAGCAAUUGUGAGGACCGCAAGACAUGCACAAUAUGGGAUUUUAUAACCGCACUAUAACAUCUUUGAAUGGAGUUUGCUGGAAAACUGAAGAAAGAUUGGAAUUUUCCACAGCGAAAAUGUAUGAACCACAAAUCUUUGAUCACGAAGAGGUUUCAAAAUGACUGAAACCUCUCAGUCCUGACAGUAAAAAUUGAGCACUGUAUAGACUAAAAAAAGCGUAUGUCAUGAAGGGGUGAGAUAUUUUUGUGCAAGUGUGAAGUGUAUUAGUGAUAAGAUGGUCAUAGUCACUGUGACACCUUGUAAGUUCAGGGGAAGCUUAAAUUUUGUUUAAAUAAUGACCAUAGUACCUUUUGUAGACGUGAAAACAGAGCUUUUAUUUAUGUUAUCUGUAAGAGUAUUUAGAUAUUUUUGCUGAAGUUUGGCUUGUAAUUCAAGUUGUUCCAAAGACACCGA